AUGAAUGUAGACCUCCAGCCAAACAAGGUUGGUGAUGCAGUGAAGGCCGCAGUACAGAUGGGAUACCGCCAUGUUGACACAGCCUUGAUCUAUAAAACGGAACCGGAAAUUGGGGUCGCCGUUAAAGAACUGAUAAAAGAAGGGAAAAUAAAGAGGGAAGAGCUGUUUAUUGUGACGAAGAUGUGGGUGCACUGUCACGAACCAGAUCAGGUGGAGCCAGCGUGUCGCCAGUCACUGGAGGCCCUAGACAUGGAUUAUAUAGAUCUGUACCUAAUACACUUUCCCAUGCCUUUCGUUGACAGGGAACGGACCAAGCCGACCAUGACGGACUACCUGGACACGUGGAAAGCCAUGGAAAGCUCGUGGACAAGGGUCUUGUCAAGAAUCCAUUGGUGUUUCUAA